AUGCCAUCAAAACGGAAAGGAUCGAGUGCCAACUCGUCUCCAACGGUGAAAAGGGUUCGCUCCGAAAUAGACAAAGAACAGCUUCAACAAUUUUUAAAUUCUACGGUGCAGUUAAUCGCGAACCUGAGAGAUGAUAACAACAACCUUAUCUCCAAGGAUUUCAACAAGCUGCCCUCGAACAAGCUUUAUCCUGACUAUUACCAACUGAUAGAAAAUCCGAUUUCAAUUCACGAGAUCAGGAGCAAAAUCGCUUCCAAAAAGUACCUUGAUGCCAACCAAUUUUUACAAGAUGUUGAGCUUAUGGCGAAUAAUGCUAACUUCUACAAUGAUCCCGAAAGUGAUAUUGCGCUGGACGCGAAGAAGAUUCUCGAGUUUGUGGAUGAUCAGGUGAAACAACUUCUUGAAGGGGAGUCCCACACUGUGGAGGAUGACGAGGAGCCAGUCAAGACACCAGCCAAGAGAGGAAGAAAGCCCAAACCGGUAAAAGUGAUAGACGAUUAUUCCUCCAAACUGGAGAAAAUUUUAAAGGAGCUGAUUGACUUCAAAAUUCCUAAGCGCGGAAAGAUUGCGGGCCCUUUUAUGGAAGAAGUUGAUGGUGAGUUAUAUCCAGAUUACUACACUGUGAUUGAGGAAGCCAUGGCUUUCAACACCGUGUUGGACAAUCUGGAUUCUGGGAAGUACAGCGAAGGAUUGGAAGGAGUGGAUGUUUUUGAGAGAGAUGUGAACUUGAUAUUCCAGAACUCCUUUACCUACAACGAGGAAGAAAGUCUGAUUUUCCAGGACGCGACAAUCCUAAAGGAGCACUUUGUGGAGAGUUUGAGAGAAUUCAAAAGCGAGAUUGAGGAAGAAGCUGAAGAUGAGCCAAGCCACAUCAAGAUCAAGCUGAAGCCAGGUAGAAAACCCAGUGCAGCAUUGCCUAAGAUCACUCUCAAUUUGAAAAAGAUUAAGGACGAGUCGGAAUCUGUCGAGCCAGAAAUUACUCCAAAGAAGAAGAGAGGUCGCAAGCCAAAGAGACUACUCGAAGAACAGCAAGAGGAAGUGGAGAUUGAAGAGGUCAUAGAGCAAGAACCUACUCCAGAGCCAGAACCUGAAAAGGAACAGUUCACCUAUAGACACCACAAGAGCAAGAACUCUUCCCAGACCUAUAUUCAGGACUUAUCGAUUUCAACUCUGAAAACCCUCAUCACUCCCAAUCCAUACUACAAUUCCCAGCAACAGCAGCCUGAAAACACGAUUCCGCAAUACUUUGAGUUUCUAUUCCCAUCGCUGGGACAGAAUGAUGAUUCUUUAGGCUCAAGGAACUAUUCCAUCAAUGUCCCAUCAAUGGCUGGAACUGUGACUAUAUUGACCACACUGAACGAGUCACUGCUGAAACGCAAAUACACCUCCACUCUCCUGGUAAACGGUGAGAAAGUGACGCCUUCGCCCUCAGUGACCUACACGGACUCAGAUGAGGUUCUCAAAACCAAGUUUGAGGUCAAGCUGGGAACCGGUCUGAACUCGGUUCAGUUCACAUGCUCUGUUCCUCCUGUCGUUGGAUUGGACGAAAAUGGAAAGCUUCCUCCAAGGUCAGCUACUAAUCCAACGAAUCCAGAGAACAUGAUCAACGAGACGGUAAUGAUCUGGAUCAAUGUAGCGCAAUGA